AUGGCGUCCAGCUAUGCCCACGCCAUGGAGAGGCAGGCCCUGCUGCCCGCCCGCCUCGACGGCCCCGCCGGCCUGGACAAUUUACAAGCCAAGAAGAACUUCUCCGUGAGUCACCUGCUAGACCUGGAGGAGGCAGGAGACAUGGUGGCCGCCCAAGCGGAGGAGGGCGGCGGAGAGCCCGGCCGGAGCUUGUUGGAGUCCCCUGGGCUGACCAGCGGCAGUGACACCCCGCAGCAGGACAAUGAUCAGCUGAACUCAGAGGAGAAGAAGAAAAGAAAGCAGAGGAGGAACAGGACUACCUUCAACAGCAGUCAGCUCCAGGCAUUAGAGAGGGUCUUUGAGAGGACACACUACCCUGAUGCCUUUGUACGGGAAGACCUUGCACGCAGAGUCAACCUCACCGAAGCCAGAGUCCAGGUGUGGUUCCAGAACCGGAGAGCCAAGUUCCGCCGGAACGAGAGGGCGAUGCUGGCCAGCAAGAACGCCUCUCUGCUCAAAUCCUACUCAGGGGACGUGACCGCCGUGGAGCAGCCCAUAGUACCUCGCCCAGCUCCGAGACCCACCGACUAUCUCUCCUGGGGUACUGCCUCGCCUUACAGCGCCAUGGCCACCUACUCUGCCACGUGUACCAACGCCAGCCCAGCACAGGGCAUGAACAUGGCCAACAGUAUUGCCAACCUGAGACUGAAGGCAAAGGAAUAUAGUUUACAGAGGAAUCAAGUGCCCACAGUCAAUUAA